UUUGUUAUUGAUCAUAAGAUUAUUUAAUUUCAUUGUGUUGCAUCUGGUUUUGAGUGUAAUACAUUUUUGGAGGAUUUUUACUGAAGUAUUGCAGUAUUUUGUAACAUAAAUGAUUCGCAUGAUGUUGUAUAUCUUGAGUUUAAUAUAUAUGAACGUGUUGGUAUUAAUGAAUCCUGUAUCAUCAGAGAAUUGUUUAGACCCCCUUGGUGUCGAGGACGGAAGUAUUCCCGCGGACCAACUGACAGCGUCCAGCGAAUGGGACCCGUCGCACGGGUCUCAACGGGCAAGACUGAAUACCAUAUUAAACAGUGAAGGGAUUGGAGCCUGGUCUGCAAAAUUCAAUGACCUAGACCAAUGGAUUCAAGUUGAUCUUGGUACAUUGAAAAACGUACAAGGAGUAAUCACUCAAGGUCGCAACCGCUACAAUCAAUGGGUUACAUCAUAUGAAGUUCGUUACAGUGUUAAUGGUAACAGCUUUGAGGUAAUAACCGACGCAAAUGGCCAAGUUGCGGAGUUCGAUGGAAAUUCUGAUCAAGACACUACUGUUACAAACAUAUUUUAUACUCACGUGUACGCUCAAUUCAUCCGUAUUCAUCCAAUCAGUUGGCAUAACCAUAUAAGCUUACGAUUCGAGGUUCUUGGAUGUCAAGUAUGGCCAGGAAACAGAUUGCACUCUACCUAUUACAAGUCAUCUCGUUCGAAUAGUGCAUGUCGAAAACGUUUAGAAAUUGUCGAUCUCCGGACACGGAGCUGCUUGACAUGCGCUGUGGAGUGUAUGAGAAUGCAAGGAUGCAAGGAUUUUAAGUACGAUACAGGUGAAUGUCUUUUUAAUACCAAUGGAUAUUAUGCUGCAUUUCAGUUAUAAAUUCAAUGAUGCUUUAUUAUUGGCGGAUAAUACCAAUGGGUGUCAAAAAAUGCGAUUGUCCCCCGACAGCAGCAAAGGAUGAAAUCACUGCUAAGGAGGUUAUGUAUUCAUUCCUGUCUGUCUCCUACUCAAAAUGUGGAAGGAAUGGAUCAUCAUGAAAUGUCGUUGAAUGGUACAUAGUAUCUAAGAAAGCGAUUAUUAUCUUUUGGAAAAAAAUGUCAAGGUCACAGAAAUUUUAUUUUCCUGAACUUUCCCUCGAGUAUAAAAGAAAAUAAUAAUAUCACUCAUACAAGGCCCGCGUAUUGUUCGGAUCCAGGCACUUGGUGGAGGUACGCACUUUAAGGAGUGACUGCUCUAAUAGUUAUAUUUUCUGAUUUAAAAAAAUGUAAUGGAAAAACAAAACAAAAACAGGUGUCUACUUGAUAGCAGUAUUGAUGGCAAUAAUGGUGAUAAUUAUAGUGAUGGAAAUUGCUAUAAUGAUUAUGGUACUAUUAUUGUUUAUGGUGAUAAUGAUCACAGUUAAUGGUGAUAACAAUAAUAAUAAUAAUGAUUAUAGUAAUA